AUGGGCGUCCCUGAGGACAAGCAAGUUAAGAUGGUAGUAAUCAGGUACUCACCCCAGAAUAACUCUGAAUCAACAGGUCACAAAGAAAAUAAUACAACACCUCGGGAUUCCAACCCCGAGAAUAAAGAAGCUAGCAACUCUAACUGUAUGCAGCAGGGUAAAACACCAAUUCAGAAGCAGAAUAAUCCAUAUGCUAGACUCGCUAUAGACAUAUGUUAUCGUUGUAACAGAAGACGCCACAAAUCGAAUGUUUGCCCAACAAGGAGAGUCACUACUAUUGUGGAAGAAAUGGAGAAAGAUGAAGAAAGAGAAGAUCAUGCAGUUGAGAACGAUGAAUAUGCUAUUGUUGAGUUUGCAGAGGAAGAAUCUGAUGAGAAGGUAAAUUUUGUGUUGUAG